AAAAUUUACCGAUUCAUUAGAAGUGAGAAACACACAAAAAAUAUUUUGUUAUUUGGCUAAAAGCCAGCGGGUUAACGUUGAUCUUCAAUACGUGUCCCCCAUCCAGCUCGACUAUAUAAAGUGAGCGCGCAUAUAUAUAUGCACACAUAUUUGUGAAAAUAAGUAGAUGGUUUUGAGGGAGCAAGCUUUCCGUAAAUUUAUGAACAAUGUAAACAGAUGAUGAUGGGGUCGAUGAUAGUCAUACUGGUGACAUAGAAUACAAAAUACAAACAACAGAUAUAUGUAUAUAUAUAUAUAAUAAACAUAUAUAUGUGUAGAUAUUUACAUGCACUAGAGGACAAGAGUGAUCCGCUCCGUUUGCAUUAACGGGUCCCAUGUCAUUAGAAGUGCUCUUGAAAAUCUCAUUCAUUGUAAGUGGCAAAUGCAAUCAAACAAUGUCAGAUUUGUUUGGGGAGACGCAACGACGCAACGUUCAUUCAAAUAAUGCAUUCAACAAAUUGAAAAACUACAUUAACGAUGAAACGCUAUCAAUAAAUUCAAAUUCAAAAUCAAAUUCAAAUUCAAAUUCGAUUUCGAACCUAUCAAAAUCUGAAACUCAUAAUAAUUCCAUUGAUUGCAAUAACUAUCAUAACGAUGAUAACGAUGGCGAUGCGUGCGAUUUUAAUAAUAUAUUGAGCUUGAAAUUGCGUAAGCCGACAAGCUGGAAAUGGGAAUUAAGUACAUCAAAAUCAUGCUCAAAUAUAGCGCUACCUCGAAUAUUACUUUACGAUCAUAAAGGUAAGCUGCUGGUUGAUGCCCAAGGCGAUCACGAUGAGCAAAUCUAUAAAGAAAAUGAAAUGAUAUUAGCGGAGACGGAAACCGGACAUACAUCUUUAACGCAUUCCAUAUAUAAAAGCUUGGAAAGUGAAUUUAACGGUUUGCAUAUACAAGAAGCUACACCCUCGCCUGAUCGUCAACACCUUUCAUCGAAUAGUACGCGCAGCCAUCACAGCCGUAAAUCUCUAAGUGUGGACACAAGAGAUGGCCGCAGAUCUAGCUCAUUAAAGGAAGUCCGCUUCACAGUAAUAACCGAAGAGGAGAAUCCAAUAAAAGAAUCUCAUAUGCCUUUAUUGUUAUCUAAAUCACCUAAUUCUACAACACCUACCUCAACUUCGUCAGGUGUGCGGGAAAAAAGACGUUAUCGACGUUCAUCGAGUUCCUGCAAUUCAUCAAAUGCUAAUUCUGUAUCAAUAUUGGAACGUUUUAGCUAUCAAAAGGGACGCUUCUCUUCACCCGAAUUCGGCGAAGAAGCGGAACAAACAAAUUGUUAUAAUCCACGUUAUUUCCUCAGCACUAGCAAAGCUGGUACUUUAGUAGUGCAAGAGGAUAGUUUCCGCUAUCAUCCCUUACGUAGAAGGCGAAAUCUUCAAAAGAAUAGCUCCAGCGAGAAUAUGAUUAAAUCCGAUGGCAUUAGAAAUGCGAUACCAAAUAAUGAAAAGCACAUACAAGUCAACAAUCGCUCUAACAAUGAACAUAACAUGCAACGGCAACGAAAUAUUUUGCAACAUUUAUCGACUUCAGAUGAAGAUCAGGAGAAAAAUCACAAUAAUAAUAAUAAUAAUACAAAAAAACGUCAUCCGAGACGUCACAGUGUCGAAAAUCCAAGAUUUAAAGAACUGCAUCGAUAACACUAAAAGGCGUUCAGCUAGAUAAAGCGAGAAACAAAUAAAUCAAUAAAAUGUUAAGUAACAAAUGCUAUAAUAUAUGUAGUUGUAAUGGUUGUGAUAUUAAAAAUUGAUUCACCAUAUAUCUAUCUAUCUAAUAAACAGUAUAAGGAAAAUAAUUGAAAUAAUUUUAAAGAUAUACCCGGUUCAUGUCUAUUCAUUUUACGAUAUGCUUGACGGAAGAAAUGGAAGAUUUUGAAUUAUAUAUAAGCAUGAAGACUGAGGACGUCGUUCAAAUUUGACUUGUUCCAGGUCAAAUGUUAAUUAACAUUCGGCUAUCGUUUAAUUAAAACUUUAACUGGCUCAUUUCGUCUCGUAAUGAAUCCUUGGCUAGUCCUUUCCCAGAUACUGUAAGCACACCUUUCAAAGUGUGAAAGCAUCAUUCGAUACCAUUUCCAUGUAAAAUUUUAUCGACAAUCAAAACAUAUUUUCAGCAUUGAUUGGAAGCUUUCAUCGAGAAUGGGCUGCUGAUUUUCUCUUUUUGUUUUUCUCUCUUCGAAUCUAGCUCAGAUUUUGAGUUUAACAUAUAUAUACAUUCCGGGAUCUUAAUAAUUAUUAUAUUGAACUUAAUAAAU